AUGUCGGCUACAGAAGUUCGUGUCGACCACAACUCGGGGGGUGGCUCGAGCAUGAUGAAGGCGGUGAAUUACCAGGGAGCGUUCAAGGUCAAGGUCGAGGAUGUGCCGUUGCCGAAGAUCGAACAUCCGGAUGAUGUUCUUGUCAAGGUGACUACUGCUGCUAUUUGCGGUUCGGAUCUGCAUAUGUACGAAGGGCGCACGGGUGCUGAGGCUGGUAUCACGUUCGGUCACGAGAACAUGGGAAUCGUGCACGAGGUCGGCUCGGGCGUCACGCUCUUGAAGAAAGGUGAUCGAGUGGUGAUGCCGUUCAACGUGGCUGAUGGACGCUGCCGGAACUGCGAGGAAGGUAAGACAGCGUUUUGCACGGGUGUCAAUCCCGGAUUCGCGGGCGGAGCGUACGGGUAUGUGGCUAUGGGACCUUAUCGAGGCGGCCAAGCUCAAUAUAUUCGCAUCCCAUACGCGGAUUUCAAUGCCCUGAAGCUGCCGCCCGGUACAGAACAUGAGAGCGAUUUCAUCCUGUUGGCCGAUAUCUUCCCGACUGGCUGGCACGGGGUAACUCUCAGCGGGUUCAAACCCGGCGAGAACAUUGCCGUGUGGGGAGCGGGACCUGUGGGUUUGAUGGCAGCAUACUCAGCUGUUCUCAGGGGCGCGAGCAGCGUGUAUGUUGUCGACCGGGUGCCAGAGCGUCUAAAGGCCGCUGAGAAGAUCGGAUGUAUCGCGAUUGACUUCAGCAAAGGUGACGCAGUGGACCAGAUCCUCGAGAAGAACGGCGGGAUGAUCGACAGGGCGGUCGAUGCCGUUGGAUACCAGGCAGUCGACACGGGCGGGAAGAAGGAGCAGCCCAAUAUCGUUCUCGAGAAUAUGAUCAGGGCGACGCGUCCGUGUGGAGGGAUUGGUAUUCCGGGCUUGUACGUGCCUACUGACCCUGGUGCGCCUGACGAGGCAAGCGGGAAGGGUAUGAUCAGUAUGAGUUUCGGAAAGUUGUUUGAGAAGGGCCUGUCUUUGGCGACUGGCCAGUGCAACGUCAAGCAGUACAACAGGUAUUUGAGGGAUCUGAUCAUUGCGGGCAAAGCGAAGCCGUCGUUUGUGGUCAGCCAUGAGAUUGGUAUUGACGACGCUGAGACGGCAUAUGAGAAAUUUGACAAGAGGAUCGACGGGUACACCAAGGUUUUGAUUCAUCCCAAUGGACCAUUGUGA